GGAUUGCAACAUCUGAAUAUCAUUGAAUACUUGUAAGACACAUGUAGGAGUGAGCACCACGUAUUGUCUUAUAUUGCUGUCUUCCCAGCCACGAUCAUUUUAACAUUAAUAUUGUCUUACGGCACUCAGGCAUUUCACCCUGAGGAAGAGCUUGGAUAGACAACAUCACCGUGCAUUUUCGUACAUUUACCCCUUCCAAUCCCAUCCAGCAACAAUUCAAAAGUACAACGGCACAACGGUACGACGAUACAACAGGAAUAUACACUUUUCCCCUCUUCACUAAUGCACGAAUAUCCCCGUACCUGCUUUGAAAACGCUUACUGAUAAGGCAAUCGCAAGGUUAAUAUCACAAUUGAUGGACUAGCAGAACUUUACAGCGUCACACGCAGUAGCUUUGAUAGGAGCCAUGCCGCAAUAUAAAGGGAGGUCAAGCUUCCAGAGCUCCAAAUAUUCGGGAAGCUCGAAAUCUCACCAUACCGAGAGGUUUCGAAAGAUUGCUCUCUUUCUCGUUAUCUGCGCUUUCCUGUACGCUUCGUACAUCAUGCUCUUGGAUCAAAUCCUUUUAUUGUCCCUCACCGGUGUGACGGCCUCGGCCUUGCUUCCUGAGAAACAGCCAUGUUCAACUUCUACAAACGAUGUUCCACAGUAUUUCCAGACAACACCCGAGCUUUGGGCAGGUCCAACAGCGACGGGUAGAGCUCCUUUUCUCGCCCAGACAAAUCCAGUCUCGUUUGCACCGACGGUGACUUUCGUGCCAAAUACUCCUCUCGAGACUGCCCAGCCUAUUGUAGGCCAAGGUCAGAAUGGAAGUAUAUUCCAGCUUAUGGGGCAUCUUUCUCCUUACUUGCCCAAUCCAUCUGGAUUUGGUGUUGCAGAAUACCCGUUACCACCCGGAGCUAAGAUUGCUCAACUUCAGAUGCUUUCACGUCAUGGAGCACGUUAUCCUACUUCAGGAAGUAAUGUGGCAACCUUUGGUGAAAAAGUUGCAAACUACACGGGGAAAAUGGAUGCCACUGGGGCUCUAUCAUUUUUGAAUGACUGGAAAUACGAAUUAGGUCAUGAGAUUCUUGUUCCUCGUGGAAGACAAGAAUUGUAUGACAGUGGUAUCUUGCACUAUUAUCAAUAUGCUCAAUUAUAUAACCCCCACAGCAAAAUUAUCGCUCGAACUACCACUCAAGAUCGAAUGCUCAAGAGCGCUGAAUACUUUAUGGCUGGAUUUUUCGGUCUCGAAUGGACAAAUAACGUCACUAUUGAAGUCAUCAUUGAAUCGAAUGGCUACAAUAACAGCUUGGCAGGUUACGACAAUUGUCCUAAUUCAAAUAAUUACAGAAGUGCUGGAGGAAAUAACGCUACAAACCAAUGGGUGGCUACAUAUCUACAGAAUGCCACCGCUCGUUUCCAGUCCAUGGUCUCGCCGGAGUUCAAUUGGACUGACGUCGAUACCUACGCAGCACAAACUAUGUGCCCAUAUGAGACUGUGGCUUAUGGCUACAGUGCCUUCUGUAAUCUAUUCACCUACGAAGAAUGGGUUGGCUUCGAAUAUGCAAUUGACCUUUACUUCGCGGGUGGAAGUUCUUUCGCUUCUCCUACUGGUCGCGCUGUUGGAAUCGGUUAUGUCCAAGAAGUAGUCGCCCGUCUUCAAAACCACACCUUGGGUUACUCCGGCUCCCAAAUCAACACUACCUUGGACAAUAACACUGCUACCUUUCCCCUAAACCAGUCCAUCUACUUCGAUUUCUCCCACGACACAAACAUCAUGUCUAUCCUCACCGCUUUCGGCUUCACACAAUUUGCCGACGCCCUACCAGCUACCCAUCAUCCUGGCCCACAUAAUCUGACCGUUUCACACAUGGAGCCCUUUGGCGCAAGAUUGGAUAUAGAGAUCAUCAAGACACCCAAACCUUUAGCAGCAGAUAGGACAUACGUAGAUGGAAAAGAAACUACGUAUGUACACUUUGUCCUCAAUCAGAGAACGUUACCUUUGGGGCUCAGUUUCUCGGAGUGUGGAGCUGAUAGAUUGGAUGGAUGGUGCGAGUUGGAAACGUUUUUGGACGUGCAGAGUAGAUCGACCAAGGAUGCUCAGUAUGAGCAUGCUUGCUUUGGUGAUUAUCCUGCGGAGCCAUAUGGAAGUGUUACGAAUGGUGUGCCCAAUUCUUAGGAGUGGAAAUUCGAGUCGUUUAAAUUCCGUGUCUUUCAUGUACCUACCGAAGAUAGCAUGUGGAUUGCCCAGAGCUGCUUCUUCUUGUAAAUAGCUUCGUUUCUUAUUAAAAUUGUAUA